GAUCUCCUGCAGUCUUCGACCGGGAAGGUUUUGCGCCCAUCGCCCCCCCUCUCCGCCCCGGCUGACCAGAGAGGCGGACGGGCAUUUCUUUCGCCCUUCCGAGCGGAUUUCCGAGGAUCCGAUUAAGCCGCGUUUUUCCUUUCCUUGCAGAGAGGUCUAUAGAAUACUGCAGAAGUGUUCCCUUGGAAGAGUUGCACACAUCUCAUUUCCGCCAAGUAGAAAAUGGCUAAGAAUCCUACCGUUCCUUGGCUCACAGCACCAUCUCUCUUCCUCUUCCUGACUCAUGGCAUCCAGUGUUUCUUCUUGCCCAAUGCCACCCAUUUGGAAAGCAUCCUUAAUCAAUACCAAGAUGGGCAACCACACUCAAGGGCCAAGAGAUCAAUUUCCAGAAAUGACCAAGACGAAAUCCUAAUGCUUCAUAAUAAAUUGAGAGGUGAAGUCUACCCUUCAGCAUCCAACAUGGAAUACAUGAGAUGGGAUGAAGAACUGGAGAGAUCGGCUGAAUCUUGGGCUCACCAAUGCAUCUGGGACCAUGGACCUGCCAGCCUCCUCCCAUCCAUCGGCCAGAAUUUGGCUGUUCACUGGGGAAGGCAUCGUUCUCCAGGUUUCCACGUCCAGUCUUGGUACGAUGAAGUAAAAGAUUAUACCUACCCGUAUCCCCAUGAAUGCAGCCCUUGGUGUCCCGACAGAUGUGCAGGACCCAUGUGCACACAUUACACACAGAUGGUCUGGGCUACAACCAACAAAAUUGGCUGUGCAAUUAAUGUCUGCAAGAGGAUGGACGUAUGGGGCGAAGUGUGGGAAAAUGCAGUGUAUUUGGUCUGCAACUAUUCUCCCAAAGGCAACUGGAUUGGAGAAGCCCCAUAUAAAAAUGGCAGAUCGUGUUCUCAAUGCCCACCAAGCUAUGGAGGAGGAUGCCGGGCUAACCUCUGUUAUAAAGAAAAAGUAGUCGAAAAACCUGAGACGGAUCGGGCAAAUGAAGUGGAGAUACAAAAGGUUCCUGACAGAAUACAGCCCAAAUCUGUAAAACCUGCAAAGGAAAAGAAACCCGCGGAGGUGACCUACAUGACCCAGGUGAUCAAGUGCGACACCAAAAUGAGGGAUACAUGCCGAGGAUCCACAUGUAACAGAUAUCUGUGUCCAGCUGGCUGCUUGAACAGUAAAGCAAAAGUAUUUGGAUUCCCCAACUACGAAAGUGCUUCCAGUAUAUGUCGAGCAGCUAUUCAUUCUGGAGUAUUAGAUAAUAGAGGAGGCUUAGUAGAUAUUACUAGGAAAGGAAGAUCAGAUUUCUUCGUAAUGUCUCUAAGAAACGGCAUUCGUACACUCAGCAAACACAAGCCUUCCAACGGUUUUGCUGUGUUGAAGGUUACAGUGCAGACUUUGGAUUGUUACACCACAGUAGAGGAAUUGUGUCCAUUCAAGAAGCCCACCACUCAUUGCCCAAGGUCUUACUGUCCAGCUUACUGCAAAAAUGAACCAAACCACUGGGCUACAGUAUAUGGCACAAACAUAUAUGCAGAUAAUUCCAGCAUCUGCAAAGCUGCUGUGCAUGCAGGAGCCAUCGGAGACAGUUCCGGCGGUUACGUAGACGUGAUGCCGGUUGAUAAGAAGAAAAUCUACAAUGGAUCCUUGAGGAAUGGGAUCCGAUCCGAAAGCUUAAAGACUCCCAGGGAAGGAAAAGCUUUCAGAAUCUUUCCAGUGAGGCAAUAAUUUUUCCAAGAUGGCGGGACUCUUUGUGGAAAGAGACUGCAGCAUUGUGUGCUUCUCCUUGGGUGAGAGAGGUUUGCCCCAACUUGGACCACGAUGAAGCCCUCCAAACCCAUCUUCUUUUGGAGAAAAGAAAAAAAAAAAAGAUGGCAGCAGGAAUUGGAACUUUCUGCAUCUCAACAGCAUCUGCUCACUGUUGUAUUUUCGGUCUAUUGUUGUUUUACUUCCAAAUGUUUUGAACCUUCAGAAGAAGGAAGAUGGUUCGAGUUUAGGAGAGAAGAUGGUUGAAAAACUGACUUGCCUCACCCAUCCUAUGAACAAUUUUGCCCCUAAGUAUAGACCAUUGGGGUUCUCUCAAAAUACCACUUCCAGGAGGUGAACGUUUAUCUGAUCAGUACUCUUUGGAUGAGAACAUAGAAAGCAUUUCGGUCACACCAAAGGCUAAAAUUUUUGAAAAAUUGGGUCAAAGUCAAGAAUAUCCCUGACAUCCAAGUCACCUUGUGCUGCCUUGAACGAUGUGGGGCAAUAGGCAAGAUUCAGAACACACAAAGCAAAUAACAUAGAUUUCUUUUUAUGGAGACUGGGAAAGGAGAUAUUGCAUUUCCAGAAAAGAAUCUGCUUUGCAAAAGAAUGGAAAGAUUGUUAUUUCUCUCAAAAGAAAGCUUCAAGGGGAUAAAUAGGUUUGCUGGCCAAACAAUUGCAGGAGGUUGAGAAAAUGGGGUUUAUUGUCACCAAGUUAAAUCAUUGGGACCUCUGUCUUGGCACAUUCUGAUUCCUUGCAUGUUAGUUAGCAUUGUUUUAUUUACAAAUGAAUCUGACUUAUUUUAUUCAGCAGAGCUGUUUUAGCUUAGCUAAGCAAAUGGUUGCCAAAAGUUGAUCUUUAUGUUGCUGAAAUCAAAAAGGUUUUGCUUUACUUGUUUAUUUGUAUAGAUUGGAAGCCUGAUAUAGUAAGUUGGUCACAACAUGUAUAUUAUGAAGUCCUGUUAGAACAAUUUCUGUUUUCUGAUAUUCAGUAGGAUUCCUAUAGAUCUCAAAUGUUCUCCUAAGGAAAUCAUUCUGAAGUUGUCCUCUUUCAAUCCAAACAUUUGAAGGCUUAGAUUUGUUAAGGACUUGACCUUGCUCUGAAACCUUGAGCUCAUUCUUAAUUGGAAACCAAAGAAGUGCUUUUGUCAAUCUGACACAAUGUUGGUCUUCGAAAACUGAACUCGGAUCCCACCAUACGAAAGGACAAAUGUUAAAUUCAAUGUGCCAUUUCUAUUUAUUUAAAGUUCUUGAUUUUAGAGGCCCGUGGCUCUGUUAAAACACCCACAACACCCUCCAAAUAAAGUACGUUUCAAUGAUUCCUGUAA